GUGCUUCUGUUACUGGAAAUUCCCAGCCCCAAAUCGGCAAAUGUCCCCAACCCCAAACACAAUCCCCAGUCCCAAAUUGGCGACCGUCCAAGAUGAUGACGAGAACGCGAGCGGUGGUGUGUGGCCAGGAGUUGCAACUGUCUGUCCCUGGAGAGUACCCCUGUGUGAGGCGGUUCCGUUACAGGCGUCUCCUCACCUUCCUCAGGCUCCAAGGAUAUGGCUCCACCUUCGUCGCAAUGUUGAAGCAGACAAACUACUACUUCUGCGUCUUUCAUCUGGUGCGCCUCGUGUCCCAGGGCCUGUGGAACGAAGCCUUGGAUUACAUUUUCCCUCGCUUUCUACCGCUGGAGCCCUCUUCACCGCCCAGCCUCGAGGCCAGUGUCCUUGUCAAGUUUCUCCGCGUGCACCGUUUAUUUCAAUUGGAAGUAGCCAGGAUCAGUAAGAUUUCUCAGGACUGGAGGCCCAUGUGGGCUAGAGCAGCAAAGAUUGUCCGGGAUUUGGCUAACAGAACUCCAGAAUUCAAAGACCGUUUGCUACUGCCGGACGGCCUGAUGGGUCCCCAGAACAUACUCCCCAUCGGCUUCAGCUUCGCUCCUUUCCGACAGAGGCGGCACGCCAAGAAAUGUACCCAUCCUACGAGCAAGCAUGCACGUGAAGAACAUACCCGUCGCCUAGCUAAUAUCUAUUUUGACAAGAGGAUGAGCCUGCCUUCUUCCAGACACUGCAGCCAGGAGUUGUCACCUGAAAGCAUAGCUAAGGCACGGGAUGAUUGGUUUCGGAGAAUUUUUGAGCAAUGCAUUAAAGCUGCUACAUGCCUGGAGAUCAAUCAAGGGUGUGCGUUUCAGUCGAGUCCGUGGGAAGGUGCUCCUGUCUGGUAUGCUAUGUUUGGCGAUGUGAUUAAUUCGGCUGAAAAUUCUGGGAUAUUAUCAGUGGCUAAGACAGGUGAAUCGAAAUCUCGAGGCUUUCGUGCUAAUUAAAUUAGCUCUUUGUUCCACUGUUGGAGAAUACCGACUCACCUAAGCAAAUCAUGCUAAUUAAUUAACGGCUUGUCAUCGUCACAUUGUUUUUGUUCAUGUAAUUGAUUCAGCUUGGAUGUUUUGCAUAGUUGUAUCGUGUCAUCAUUGAUUACAUAUCGUCAUAUUUUUUCAGGUCAGCCGUAACAAGUUUAAUUUUUGCUUUGUAUGGAGGAAAUUAUCUUAUCAGAAUCUCU